GGAGAUCUAGAAUUGAGCGGCAUUUCUUGCACAGCUCUGCGAUCUUCAAAACAUCAAAGGACAAUAAAAGUUUGGAGGAUAUAAAUAUAAAUACACGACCACGAGUACUUUUCGAACGAACGAACAACUACACAGACAAAAUGGGAUCAGAUGAAGAUUACAUGGCGUUCCUCGAUAAGGCAAACGAGGAUCCCAGCGCUGGCACAUCAAAAGCUACGAGCAAUAAUAAAAAGGCCGAAUUCAAGACGAUGGAUGAUGAUGUGGAUGUACCUAGCGUGUUGGUUAGAGCAACCAAGGAUGCGUGGUAUACCAGCGAUGCCGAUGAACCUUUUGUUGUUGUGGCGCUGAAAUGUGAAGGAGGAAUGCCGAAUGAAGAAACAUUCGCGAAACUCAUAGCUCAUCCUGCUCCCGCAGACGCGGCGGAAGAAAUCCAGAUCAUGGAUAUCGGGGAGUGGGAUCCCCAGGGGCAAUAUAAACAGAUUGUGCAGGCAGUGAGAGAUGCUAGUAAGGGGAGUGAUGUGAGGGUUUAUAGGGUAUCAGGGGAGGGAGCGAGAGUUGAGUAUUGGGUUGUGGGGGUUGAGGGGGGGAGAUUGGUUGGAGCGAAGGCAUUGAGUGUGGAGAGUUAGGGGGCUGUGAGAGGGAGAGGAGAGGGAAAGAUUGUUUAUACCUGGCGUUUCUUGACUUUUGGCUCUUGAGGAGGAAUAUUGGAGGAUUUGGGUACAUGAUAUAAUGAUGAUGAAUUGAAUGAACUGAA